CAAGAAAAGAGAGAAGCUCUGCAAACACCAUACUCCAUAGCUAAAUUCGGACUCAAGCUCAAAGGAUGCAAAGAAGGAAGUUUAAAGAGGAAAGAGGGAGGAAAAAGUGUGGUGAUUAAGGAACUUGUCUAAGGAGUUCCUAGAGCUUUCACGGAGUUGAAAGGGUCGCGGGAGUCGUCACCGGAGUUCAUCAAAGUUCGCCGGAGUUUCGCUGGAGUUCAACCGGGAAGGGUAGAAUUUCAUAAAGCUCAUUCAAAAUGUCUGGAGGAAGAAGUGAUGAUCCCAUUUUUCAGGAGCCAUCGCUAGAUAGGCAAGACCCACUGCUUGUGCCAGAAAUCCCAUUUGCCAUUGAUGCUGACCGCAAACGCUUCCAGACAUGGGGGCGUUUCCGCAGUCUCCUACCCCCCAUGAUCCUGGACCAGGGGAUGCUCGAGACGUGGGGAUACUGGAGCGACAUUGAUACGCUGCUAGGAGAUUCGUUGUGGUGGAGCAUUCUAUCUAUAGAGGAGAGGGCCAGUUUCCCACUGACGAUUAAGUUCCUGUGCUCACUGCACUUCACUCAUUAUGGCCAGACCAUUCAGAUAGCAGGUGCCAUUGGGUCGGAGACACGGAUGAGAUUCACUAUUCUGGGCAUCGAGCACUCCAUCACUGUGGCUGAGCUCGGAUGGAGGAUGGGGCUCUAUGCCCCGGCUUAUACACAGACUGACGAGUUCCGCGCUCUCCCGACCCAUCUACCAAAGGGAUUUGACAUUGAUGAGUUCUGGCACACACACUCUACAGACACCGGGGUCUUCUUCGUGCGUACCCCUUGGCGGCCCGAUGGAGGCAGACACACUGGUAUACACUCUCAUUCGUGCUAUCUUGUGGUUUUUUUGGACGACCUUACAAC